GUAAACACUCGAUGACCCAUUUGCACAAACAUACACGUUCAAACAUAAACAACGUGAAUCGGUAAUAUAUAAAAGGAAGAGAGUAAUCCAUUUGUAAAGUUGAAAGUCUCCAUAUCACGAUGAAAACAAUCUUCAUUCUCUCCCUGGCUGUCUGUUUUUUCGCUGUUCAAACCGAAUGUAACUCCGGUCAUGCGAUGAAUAGUUUGUUUCUAGAGGCUGCACAAACUUUUGGAAGUCUGAAAGCAUGCGCGACCAAAACCAAUGGAAUGGUGGAGGAAUAUUUCAAAGAAGAUGGUUUGGGUCAGAAGAUGAAUGAAGUUGUGCAUAUUCGUAAGUCCCACUAUCAAAAUAUCAAUGAUAUGGACAAUGAUCUUUAUAAUAAACUGGUCACAAACAGGCAGAUAAAUAGACAGAUAGAUUAUAUAAUAUUAGAUUAAAUAAGUAAAUAAAUAAAAUAAAAAGAUCUACUGAGCAACAUACUGAAAGAUGCAUAAAUAGAAACCGUUUCUGUGCAACUGAAAAUGCUUUAUAUUUUCAAGAAAUGGGUGGUGAUCAAUCUCAUAAGUAUUGAUGAAACGGGUUGGAAAUUUACAUAUGAUUCACUACACAGUCUUUUGUCUAGUGAAAAGAUUUUGAUAAUUUUAUGUUCGUUGGAAACCUAUUUCAUGGUCAAUGUAUUCUGGAUAUUCUUCAACGACUUAAUAAACGUUUUAAAAGGAUUUGCUCAUGAACUCACAACUACCUGUCAGUUAAGAAAUCAGCCCAAUUGUGCCAAUAAAAAUGCAUGGACAAUCAAACACUGAAAAUAAUUUACAAUCGAUUGAUUAUAAUUGUAACUAAAACGUUUCUUUCUACAUGUUUUCAAUGUGUAAUUUAAUAAAAUUUGUAUACUGUCCACAA